CUAUACAAACACCAGCUUAACACAAUGAAUACUAACUAACUGACCAUAUCAUUGCUGUAAUGAUGCAAUCUUCUGUAAUUUACUAUUAAUAUUUUUUACAGAUGCCACACAAGUAUUAUGAUGACCUCACCCACUCCUCCCACAUGUGCACAAGUUCAUGGAUAUUAGAGUUAAAAGGAAAGGGAUGUACAUGCAUAGGAAACUACAGAAAUUACUACAGGGAUAUGAUGUAACUGAUCCUAAUUAACUGUUAUAUCUAUGACAAGGCUGCUGAGUAUAAAAGGAGAAGUGGACUUGAGUGCAUCAUACAAGCACACAGAAAACUAAAGAGAUACAAAGAUUCAAGAUAACUCAUAGUGAUAAUAAUAAUGGUAAUGAAGACAGGAUUAGCUGCUCUCUCUCUAAUUUGGAUAACAAUGAAUUUGCUAGUACAUACUGCAGUGCCUGCCCCUGUAACAUCAAACAUCGCUAAGGACUUAAAUGGACAACUUAUGGCAACAGAAAAAUUCGUGGGUAAACUUUAUGGUAGCUCUGGUCUCGAUGAAAAUCUUAUAAAAUUUGCUGCCACCCAAGUUUUCUUAAAUGAAGACGUGCACAUUAAAGAUUCAUUUCUUUUAAAAUUCUUAAAUGGCUCACUGGUUUCAAGGUUCUCAAAAGGCUCUUUGACGACACAUAUAUGUGAUUAUUUGAAGGAAAAGAAUAAUGAUUACGAUUGCAGUGACAGCCAACUUGUCAAGAAGGAUAAAAUAUUUCUUAAUAUGCAUAAUGUAGUGAAAGCCACAAAAGAUCACUUCUUAGCCUAUCAUGACUCAAAUGAAGGGAUCUGUUCAUAUUAUGAGUCUGUCAAGGAUCUGAUUGAUUUAGGAACGCUAAGCUGCAACAACAAAACAUAAACACCAUUAAAAUGACAAUACACAUGUACAUACAUGUAAAUGCAUACCAUUAUUCUAAUUUCAAGAUACCCCACCAAUUUUUAUUAUAAUA